UGACGCUCAACAGCCAAUAGGAUUGGAGUAGUGUGGCACCACCAGGAAAGCAGAGGAAGACUCUCAAACUCUUCAUGUUUUUGGUUCAUAUUUAUUUUGCUUCUUUUUAUUGAAUCAAGAUUUUCGAUCGUUGAAGUCCGAUGUGAGGACAGAGAGGAGCACAUGACCGUGAGCAGCUGAGAGUAAACUUUUUCAGGUAACCAGGAAGAGGCCAACAACAAAGAUCAUGUCGUCCAAAUCAUCCCUAUUUAAAGUCAUUCUUCUGGGUGACGGUGGGGUUGGCAAGAGCUCCCUCAUGAACCGCUACGUCACCAACAAGUUUGACUCCCAUCUUUUCCACACCAUAGGUGUAGAAUUCCUCAACAAAGACCUGGAGGUUGACGGCCGUACAGUCACCUUGCAAAUCUGGGAUACGGCCGGCCAGGAGAGAUUCCGGAGUCUGCGAACACCCUUUUACCGCGGUUCUGACUGCUGCCUGCUGACCUUCAGCGUGGACGACAGUCAGAGCUUCCACAACCUCGCCAACUGGAAAAAAGAGUUCGUCUACUAUGCCGACGUCAAGGAACCUGACACGUUUCCUUUUGUGGUUCUGGGCAACAAGGUCGACGUGCCGGAGAGGCAAGUGACGAGUGAAGAAGCUCAGGAAUGGUGCAGGGAGAACGGUGACUUCCCGUAUUUCGAGACCAGUGCCAAAGAUGCGAUUAAUGUUGCGGUAGCAUUCGAGGAAGCUGUGAGGAGAGUUCUAGCCACGGAGGAGCGGCACGAGCAUUUGAUUCCGACAGACACGGUCAAUCUGCAUCGGAAGCCACGAAGCGGCAGCCCCUGCUGUUAACGGACUUGAACUAUAUGUCAUAAUGAUCUAUUUACAUUAGCUGUUUAAUGCUCAUUGAAUGAACUGGAAGAAUCCGCAUUAUAUUUCAAGAUGCACUUACUUGGAUAUGCACUAACUAGUAAACACUGGGUUGGUUCCUUUGGGUGACACUCUUGUAUCUGAUCUGAACUGCUUGUAUUUAAACAAUUCGGUGCAUUCAGUUGUUAUAUAUAUAUAUAUCUUAUGGGAUUUGAGAGGGUUACUGUGUAAACUGAUAUAAGUUUGUCUUCAGCAUGAUAGUCUAAUAGUGAAGAGCAAAUGCAAUAAAUACACUGCUAAAAUCA